ACAGCUAAAUUAUUUCUCCUAUCAUUUCAGGUUUUUUACCAUAAAUAUAUAUACUUAUAUAAAUAUUUACAAUGAUUAUUGAAAACUUGGAUUCCCUGAAGGUCUGGUUGGUUAAAAAGCUUGAGCCAAUAUGUGAUGCUGACCCUUCUGCAUUAGCAAAAUAUGUAAUUGCUUUAGCAAAGAAAGACAAAUCAGAGCCUGAACUGAGAGCACUUUGUGAAGAUCAGCUAGAUGUGUUCUUAGGAGAUGAAACCAAGCUAUUUGUAACCGAACUUUUUGAUACUUUGCAAACUAAAGAAUAUGCACCACCAACAGAAAGCAUUGCUGCUUCUGACAAGGGAGGCAUAAAAAGAAAGUCGUUUGAAGAAAGUGAGAAAAGUGAAGUUGAAAAAGUUCAAAAAACUGAAAACAAAGCAGAUGUUGGAAAAAUAUCUGAAAAUGAUAAAGAGAACUCAAAAGAAAGUAAACCUAGAAACAAACCAACCACUGAUGUUUUGGAAGGAAGAAGAAAUUCAAAUGAAAGCAGUAUUAGUAUGAAUGAUACAUCUAACAAAACAAUUGAAAGAGUGAAAAGUGCUUCACGUCUUGAUGCAGAGGUAAAAAAUGAUGAUGUUAAUAUGAGAGGUGCAUCUCAAGAUAGAUCCAUGAAGAGCAUGUCACCUGCUGUACGAUCUAGACAGGGACAUUCAUCAAGGAGAAAAUCUCCACGUUCACCUACACGUUCAGGCAGUCGUCAUUCCAGAAGCUCAAGAAGAGACAGAUCAAGAAGAGAACAUAGAGAUGGUAGCAGAGAGCGAAGACAAAGGCGUCGUAAGAAAGAAAAAUGCAGAGAUUAUGAAGAAAAAGGAAUCUGUAUGCUUGGUGAAGUAUGCCCUUAUGACCAUGGGUAUGAUCCUGUUGAAGUUGAUGAUCGAAAUUUACCUCAAAUGCUUUCGCUUGCUGGUUUGCCUUCAUCUCAACCAAAUUCUACACAACUACAAACUGCACCUGCCUUACAGUUGUUGCAACCAAAUGUUAUGCCACAGCGCCCAAUGCUACAUGCAAUAAAUAGUGGUUUAUCACUAAAUCCUGGGCUCACAACAGUUCAUGUGCAGAGACCUAGACCAAUUCCUUCUCCAGUUGAACUACCUGGAAGUCAAGUACCAAUAUUUCGACCAAGAAAUCCUGCUGCCUUUAUGCAAAAUAUAUCACCUCCAAUUACUCCACUACCAGAUCAACUAGUGCCAGCUACAACAGCAGAAACAGCUAAGGGGACAGCAGCCCCAGUUGCUGUGUCUGGAGAACCUUACAAUCCAGAACAGCCAUCAAUUGAAGUCGAAGAGGCUGAUGUGCAGAAGAAAGAUGAGACCGACACUUCUUCCCAAACUUCUACUGAAAAAGAUCUAAAAACUGAUUCAAAUACAGAAAAAGACACAAGAUCACAAGAUGAACUAGUUCAAAUUGCAAUGGGAAAUAUCCCCCUGACACCUAUUAUGGGUUCACAACCAAACAAUGUAUUUCAGUUACGUGGAGGAAUGAUGCAACAUCCGCAACAGCAGGCAAUGCCUACCCAAUCCUCCUUUACCAAUGCAUAUCAGCCCAAUCUAAAUCAACACACAUACCUUCCUAUGGCAAUCAAUAGUCAGCAGCAGUAUCAUCAACUUCAAUUUCAGCAACAGCAAGCUGCUAUGUUAGCUGCUCAGAAUCUGCAACAACAACAGCAACAACAAACAGUUGUCCAAGUACAGUCAUCGCAACCAACACAUAGAAGAAACACUGUUCUCGAAAUUAGAAAAAUACCUAGAGAAUUAAACAAUAUUAUGAAAUUAAGUGAACAUUUCCAGAAAUUUGGAACUAUCACAAAAUUACAGGCUCCGUUUCAACAAGACCCUCAAGGUGCUUUAUUAGAAUUUGCACUCUCAAACACAAAGGGAUAUCAAAUCCAAGAUAAAAAGUUAUAUAUUGAUCGACCAAAAUUUCCAGACCACGACGGAUCGUACACAUGUAGCGUGAACAACAUGUUUGGAAAGGCUACUGGAAAAGCAAAAUUGACAGUAACAGUGGCACCACUUAUCGAUAAAUCAAAGGAAAUUAUCGUAGUCGGUGGCUCAGAAGAUCUGGAAAUAAGCUGCAACAUUAAGAGGUCAAACCCUAUCCCGGAUAUCUCUUGGGAAUUCCAACCGUGGCCAUGCGCACCGUCGGUCGGUUACAAUUGCACUCCGCUUAGUGCCAAGUGGCAAAGAGGUGAUCCUCAAAUAUAUGAUAUCAGACCUAAAAAUAGGGAAGCUAUGAGCUCAACUUUCAAAGUUCCUCAGAGUAGCGUGAAAAAAUUCUUCAUAAGAUGUACCGCUGCACAUAAGUAUGGUAGAGACACACAUUCUGUUAUUGGAAUUAUUGACAAACGGGAUGCGAAAAACAUGUUGAAAUUAAACCGAGAGAAAUUAUCGAUUGACGAGAAGCAAUCUUUCUCUUUGGUUUGUACUGGAGAAGCAGGACUUUUUCAUAGCCUUUCAUGGGAAGUAAAUGGAGUUUCUGUGGUUGCUAACAACAAAACGAUAUCUAUUGAAAAAUCUGGGUCGAUUUUACAUAGGCAAAAAUCUACUUUAACUAUUACCAAUGUAACUCCUGCUCAAUCUGGACUGUACAAAUGCGUUGCUGAUCCAGCAAGAGCAGAAGAUGAUCUGGUAACGGUGAUCUCCAAUGUUAAAGUUAACAAAAUAUAUAAACCUAAGAUGGUCUCGAUAAGGAGCCCUCUAGUCAUAGAUGGAGACAAGGCCGUCAUCACUUGUGAAAUUGACUCUCAUCCUCCAGCUGAAGUCACGUGGUAUCAGAACAAUAUCUUAUUGAAUAAUAUCGGAAAGUUAUUGAACGCGAACGAAUGUGAAAAUAGUGAGCGAGGCAAAUACUUUAAAAUUCGAGACAUAAAAGGUAACAAGUUUGGAAUAGUGAGUCACCAACUUGUAAUUUGCAAAACAUCGUGGAAAUUGAAUAGUGGAAGGUUUCAAUGUUUUGCUGAGAAUGCUUUGGGAAAAGUACAUCAAAAUAUUACAAUGCGUAUUUAUGCACCUCCGUCAAUGAUAUAUGAACAGACAGAUGAGUAUGCGAAACCUGGGCACAAAUUUGUCAGAAAUUGCUCGUCAGAGGGAAACCCAAAACCAGUAAUAUGGUGGGAAAGAAAGAAAAAUGGAGUAUAUAUGUCGUUUACCAAGAAUUCCACAAAUGGAAUAAGUUACCUCAAUAUGACGAACGUGAAAGAGGAUCACUAUGGUAACUACAGAUGCAUUGCGGCAAAUCAAUUCGGAACGAUAUUUCAGGAAAUGAUAUUACGACGUCCAUUAAUAACCGCUUCAACACGAGGAGCAGAGAACAUGAACUCCACCGCAUCUUUAGUUGCAGCCAUAAUCGCUGGACUGUUUAUCAUCAUCAUAAUUUCAGUCAUGGUGGUUAUUUUAUACAAGAGAAAGAAAUUAUAUGGCGGAUUCUAUGUCUUGUCUAUCCCUCCUUCACCGGACUACUUCAAGAAGAUAGAUCCAACCAAAGCAUUAUCGGAUCAGAUCAAUAAAUUACCUUAUUUUCCUGAGUGGGAGUUUCCAAGAAGCAAAAUCAGACUUAAGAACCAAGUUGGUGCAGGAGCGUUUGGUGAAGUUUAUAUUGCGGAAGCAGUUGGAAUUACCAACUUCGAUCCUCGUUACAAACUUAGCACGAAACAUAAGGCUUUGUUGAGCAAAAAAAGAUUUUCAUUUAGUUCGUUUCAGCGUGCAAGAUCGCCUACUUCUGUUUCGAGCAUUUCACGCAAUGAUAGUGUCGCGUCGUCACGAUCAAGUCGCUCCACAAAACCCUUGCUUAAAGAUCGGUCCCAGACCUCUCUCGUUGCUGUAAAAAGACUCAAAGAGGAUGCAACCACGGUUGAAUAUAAAGAUUUGAUUUCUGAAAUGAAAAUAUUGAUUCAUAUUGGUCACCAAGAGAAUAUCGUGAAUCUGCUCGGAGCAUGCACUAAAGGUACUGAGCAAGACACUAUGGUUAUUCUGGAGUUUUGUCCAAAUGGAAAUUUAUUGUCGUUUAUGAAGGAAAGAAGGCAAAUGUUCAAACCUAUAUGGAGUAAACAACACGUCGGUAUGGAGAAAGAAUUCACAACAUUCGAUUUAUGCGUGUGUGCCUACCAGGUUGCGAAAGGACUGGACUUUUUAGCUUCUAGAAAGUGUGUUCAUCGUGAUGUGGCUGCAAGGAAUGUUCUGGUUGGUGAAAACUUCACAAUGAAAGUCGCUGAUUUCGGUCUUGCCAGAGAUGUUUACCAAGACGAAAGAUAUGUGAAAGUUUCAGGGGGAUUACUUCCAGUUAAGUGGAUGGCCAUUGAAGCAAUCAUGGACAGAGUGUUCACUCACCACACUGACGUAUGGUCAUACGGAGUUCUACUCUGGGAGCUUAUGACUCUUGGUGGUUCACCGUAUCCAGGGAUUCAUGUGAAGGAUUUGAUUGAUUAUUUGACAUCUGGUAAUCGAAUGAAUCAACCACAAUUUUGUCCUAAUGAAAUUUACAAGUUAAUGAAAGAUUGCUGGAACGAGGUUCCCGCAAAGCGACCUUUAUUUUCAGACAUUGUAUUGAGAUUAGCCCGUAUAAUAGAAGGGCAUUGUAAUCCCGAGGAAAUAAAUCUUUAUUUGGAUCGCCAUCACAUUAGUGGUGGAUCGUUCUCCUUCGCUGAUGAAGACUAUUUGCGACCGGUAGAAGGUGAAGUGGGUUCCUUCCAUUACUCUCCUCCACCGCCUUACUGUCAAUCAUUCAGCGACACCAGUGUACAAAAGGAUGUGGACAGCGCAUUCGAAAGAAAGCCCAGCGAAAGAUAUGUACCAGAUAAUAGAUUCAAUGACGAUUUAGUCUCUACGGAGGAGAAGGUAGAUGAAUUUAAACAAGCCACCGAUACAAGUUCAGACAACUCUAUCGAACCCAAAGCAAAGAUGGACGAAUUUGUGAACGAAAAAAAUGACAAAAUUUCCAUAAACAUGCCUAAAGAUGACGAUAUGAACAAUAACAUCUACGUUAACGAGCGCCCAAGUACGCCCAAAUAUCCAACUAAAGAAGGGCGGGCAGAAAGUGUAGAUGAGGAUAAAGACAUAGAUGAGAAUAGCGUGUUACUGCACCGUCGCACGCCUUCUCCUGUAGAAGAACUUAGUAAUUUUAUUGACCAAGAAUACGAAAAAAUGGGGGCAGAUGAACAGUACGUAAACACUUGAUUGUUGUCGCUGAAUUUUUUAUACACUGCAGUUGAAAGAUUGUUUUACGUCAUGGUGAUAUUCUUACGCUCGUGUUCAGUGGAUGUACAUAAAGUUUUGUAUCCAUUAAAAUGGGUGUUUUUCAAUUUUUUAUAAUAAUAUAUAGAACUAAUAUCUAGCAGGUAUAAACAAACUGGUUUAAAAGCAAAGAAAUUUUUGUAUUUAAUUUAUAUAUGAGUGAAAAUAUUGCGAGUGAAAAUAUUGCGAGGUACGAUAACAACGAA